AUGCCUCAUUUGACUCAGUGGAGUCCAACGUGGGUUAGUCAUAUUGAAGGUUAUGAGAAAGAGGAAUUAAUGAUCAAAGGAGAGAAAAGCCGUUUAUUUUCAAUGGAAGACUUGGGACAGGUUUAUCCUUUAUGUUCUGAAUAUGGUGCUUAUCAAGAUAACACAGAGAAUAAGGGGCUUAAUUUCUUUAGAGAUCAGCAGCAGCCCCAACAGCAACAAUCGCCACCCAAAUCGAGUUAUUUGAUGUUAGAUGAUUUCCUUGGUUCUUGUUUCCCAGCACCAGCACAGCCAAUGCAGGAAAUCAAAAGGCUUGAGAGUAUUGCCAAAAAUAGUAAAGAAACGCUAUACACACCUGCUCUGUCAUCAUCUCUACGACUCCUACGCCAGUAUGGAAAUGGGAAAGAAAUUGAACGCAACCAGCUUGACGGUGCUAGCGAUGAAACUUGCUUCACUACUCGAAAGAAACUGUCAACUGAGGAGAUCAUAAGAGUAGCUGGAUCAAGGUUCAUACAAGUCUCUGAUCAAAGAUAUGAUGAUUUCUCCAUGCUCAUGCACCCUUUUGGUUAUGCACUCUCAGGCCUAUCCGAGGAAGAAACAAGGGAUGUAGAACUCACUCACCUUCUUUUAGCCACGGCAGAGAAGGUAGGCUACCAUCAAUUUGAUCGUGCUAGCAGAUUGCUCAGCCGUUGUGAAUGGGUUGCAUCUGAGAGAUCCAAUCCACUUCAGAGAGUUGUGUACUACUUUGCAGAAGCUCUUCAAGGGAGGAUUCAUAAGGCAACAGGAAGAUUCAUUCCAAAGGAAAUGAAGGGAAAACCGAACUGUGAAACUCUUCAUGGGUUAAGUACAAACCUAGCUCACCUUAGCUUGCACCAGAAUGUUCCUAUUAGUCAGGUAAUGCAACUCACGGCGAUCCAAGCAAUAAUUGAAAAUGUUGGAUCUGCGAGAAAGAUCCAUUUGAUUGACCUCGAAAUCAGGAGUGGAGUUCAAUGGACAGCCUUGAUGCAAGCUCUUGCGGAUCGUCAACGCCGGCUAGACCAUCUUAAGAUAACUGCCGUUGGCUUGAGAGGCAUACAAAAGAUAGAGGAGACUGGUAAGAGGUUAGAAAUCUUUGCUAGGUCCAUGAACAUCCCAUUCACUUUCAAGCCAAUACAGGUAUCGUGCAUGUCUGAAAUCAAAGAGGAGCUAUUUGAAACUGCAGCUGAUGAAGCCAUGGUUGUUGUCGCUAACAUGAUACUCAGGACCAUGCUCUCAAGGCCAGCUUGCUUGGAAAAUUUGAUGAGAGUGAUUAAAAAUCUUAAUCCUUCAAUAAUGAUCGUCGGCGAAGUUGAGGCGAAUCAUAAUUCACCAACAUUUGUGAACCGUUUCAUUGAAGCACUGUUCUUUUAUGGUGCAUAUUUCGAUUGCCUUGAGACCUGCCUGAAACAGAACACUGAGCACAGAACGAUAACUGAAGCAACCUUCUCUAAUGGGAUAGAAAAUAUUGUGACAAUGGAGGGAACGGACAGGAUUGCUAGAAGUGUGAAGAUGGACGUAUGGAGGGCAUUUUUCUCAAGAUUUAGAAUGGUAGAAGUAGGAUUUAGUGAGUCAUCCUUGUACCAAGCUGGCUUGAUUCCAAAGCAAUUUCCUUGUGGCAGUUCAUGUACUCUUGAAAAGAAUGGCAAGUGCCUGAUUGUUGGGUGGAAAGGAACACCAUUGCAUUCCCUUUCAGCUUGGAAGUUUUCUAGAGAGAGACUAUGGAGGCCGUUGGCAAAUAAUAACUCCUGA